AUGCCUAUGGAAAAGUACCAGUUUGUGAGCAACGUCUGGAAAGAUGGCAUCUUCGACAACAAAGUCGUUUUCUGCACAGGAGGCGCAGGGUCAAUCUGCUCCGCUCAAGUCCGGGCCAUGGUCGCCCUAGGAGCAGACGCCUGCAUCAUCGGUCGUAACGUGGAGAAGACGGAGAACAUGGCCAAGGACAUCGCAACUGCACGUUCAGGCGCAAAAGUAAUUGGCAUCGGCGCAGUCGACGUCAGGAAGCCAGAACUCCUCGAACAAGCCGCACAACGCUGCGCCAAAGAACUCGGCAGCAUCGACUUCGUCAUCGCAGGCGCAGCAGGAAACUUCCUCGCGUCCAUUGACCAGAUCUCGCCCAACGCUAUGAAGAGCGUCAUCGAUAUCGAUGUACUGGGCAGCUACAACACCGUCAAGGCUACACUACCAUAUCUGAAGGAAUCGGCGGCGAAGCAUAGGACAGAUGGCACUACACAGCCCGCCAAUGGAACAGGAGGACGCAUCAUCUUUGUGAGCGCAACUCUGCAUUACCAAGGCACACCUCUGCAGAGUCAUGUCUCGGUCGCAAAGGCAGGUGUAGACGCCAUGGCAAUGUCCGUCGCUAUCGAGCAAGGCCCAAGAGGCAUUACAUCCAACAUCAUCGCCCCUGGACCCAUUGCGGACACCGAAGGCAUGUCGCGACUAUCAAAGUCCGACUCCAGGAGCAAGGCUGCCAAGACCAUUCCAAUCGGUCGUUGGGGCACUGUCAAGGAGAUUGCUGAUGCCACGGUCUAUCUGUUCUCUGAUGCGGGUAACUUUGUCAACGGAGAGACUCUGGUUGUUGAUGGCGGUGCAUGGCACACGGCGGGUGUUGUCGGUGGCUUCGAGUAUCCAGACUUCUUACUCAGUGGAGAGGCUGUUACGGGUGUAGCAGGAGGAAAGAAGUCGAAAUUGUAA